GGGAGUCGAGUCGUGAUCGCUUAUCACAUCGAGAGGUGGAGCGGCUCGAUUCGUAUGCCUUCGUUCAUAUGUACAGGAUUCUUGUUGUGUUGCACUUGCGCCCUGUGUGGACCCAACUGGACGCAAUCACGACCAGCGACGAGAAGGCGCUGCCUACUUUCAACGAAGUCUUGCAGCCUUUGGUCAACAAGUUGAUCGGGUAUCAAGUGAAUGACGAAGGUCUCAUCGUCAGCCCGUGGUCAAGCUCCUACGUCAAGAUCUGCGGCCUUCUCAGCCAAGUUCGGCGACAGAACGGCCUUGACGAUUCAAGAUGGAAUGCCCUCUGCCUGGGGUUGGCAAAUGUCAUCGCAUCCGAAACUACCGAAGUUUACAAGGACUUGGCAGAUGGCUGUCUCGAUGCUCUUCUGCGAAACGACUGGGCGCUGGCGUCCCUCAAUCUCUGGUGUAGCAACGAAUGA